GCCUUUUUGCCCACCGCCCUGUUCACGACCUUUCCUUCCUCCUCCGCUCUCACAAGUCAUCAUGCGUGAAAUCGUCCACCUCCAGACCGGCCAGUGCGGCAACCAGAUUGGUGCCAAGUUCUGGGAAGUCGUCUCCGACGAGCACGGUAUCGAGGCCGAUGGUCUCUACAAGGGCACCAACGACCAGCAGCUCGAGCGCAUCUCGGUCUACUACAACGAGAUCGGCGCGAACAAGUACGUGCCGCGCGCGAUCCUGGUCGACUUGGAGCCCGGUACCAUGGACUCUGUCCGCUCCGGUCCGCUUGGUGGCCUUUUCCGCCCGGACAACUUCGUCUUCGGCCAGAGCGGUGCGGGUAACAACUGGGCCAAGGGCCAUUACACUGAGGGCGCGGAGCUCGUUGACGCUGUGCUCGACGUUGUGCGCAAGGAGGCCGAGGGUACGGACUGCCUUCAGGGCUUCCAGAUCACCCACUCCCUCGGUGGUGGUACGGGCGCUGGUAUGGGUACUCUCCUGAUCUCGAAGAUUCGUGAGGAAUACCCCGACCGUAUGAUGUGCACAUUCUCUGUCGUCCCGUCUCCCAAGGUUUCGGACACCGUCGUUGAGCCGUACAACGCGACGCUCUCCGUGCACCAGCUUGUCGAGAACUCGGACGAGACUUUCUGCAUUGAUAACGAGGCGCUCUACGACAUCUGCUUCCGCACUCUCAAGCUCUCCACGCCGACGUACGGUGACUUGAACCAUCUCGUCUCCUUCGUCAUGUCCGGCAUUACCACUUGCUUGCGCUUCCCUGGUCAGCUCAACUCUGACCUGCGCAAGCUUGCUGUCAACUUGGUGCCGUUCCCGCGUCUUCACUUCUUCAUGACCGGCUUCGCGCCUUUGACUGCGCGCGGCAGCCAGCAGUACCGUGCCGUCACCGUGCCGGAGCUCACGCAGCAGAUGUUCGACGCCAAGAACAUGAUGGCUGCCUCCGACCCGAGGCACGGUCGCUACCUCACUGUUGCCGCCAUGUUCCGUGGCAAGGUCUCCAUGAAGGAGGUCGAGGAGCAGAUGCAGAACGUCCAGAACAAGAACUCUGCCUACUUCGUCGAGUGGAUCCCGAACAACGUCCUUGCGUCGCAGUGUGACAUCGCGCCCCGCGGCCUGCGCAUGUCCGUCACCUUCCUCGGCAACUCGACGGCCAUCCAGGAGCUGUUCAAGCGUGUCAGCGACCAGUUCACCGCCAUGUUCAAGCGCAAGGCGUUCUUGCAUUGGUACACGCAGGAGGGUAUGGACGAGAUGGAGUUCACGGAGGCGGAGUCGAACAUGCAGGACUUGGUUGCCGAGUACCAGCAGUACCAGGACGCGACGGUCGAGGAGGAGGGCGAGUACGAGGAGGAGGUUAUCGAAGACCAGGAGUAAGCGCACACGUACGCCGGGUUGACUUCUGCUCUUCGUCGAUAUCCCUUUGGGCUGUGUUUGUCGUUUAUGUUUGCGGCAAAAAUAAGGUAUCCCCCUCCCUAGUCCUUCGCUUGUCGUUGUGUUCCUCCUUUUUGCUUGUCAUGACCUCGUUAUUACCCUACUGCACGUUUUGAUACACCUUUUUUUCUCCCUUACGCUCUUAUAUUGUGGAUAACGAAAUGACACGAGUGGUCCUUUGUUGGCUGCUAAACUUGCGUGGGAGGUCCUUGAAGAGAGUGAAUGCGAGUGCCUUCAGAAAAAC